GCCCAGCUGGAAGAGUCGCGCAGGCAGGCCGCACUCCAGGCGAAGACGCUCGGGGACGAGGAGACCCGCGAGGCGUCCAGCGCCGCCGCGCUGCUCCGCAGCCGCCCGCGGCCCCGGCAGGGAGGGCGGAGCAGCGCACGCAGGGGAACGACGAGCUCCAGAAGCUCCUGGCGCGUCGCCGCGCCGCCUCGGCUGGCCCGGGCGAUCCGAGGGAGCCGCCCGCGGCCGACGGCGGCGUCGUGGCGGCGCCGGGGAGCCCCAAGGCUGCGGAGGCCGGCGGUGGGUCGCCGGCGCUCUCGGCCGUGGCCUCGCCCGCCCGCGCCCAGCCGAGCAGCCCUCCGUUGAGGCAGGCGUCGCCUCCCGUGGCGCAGGUGGUGCAGCUGCCGACCCCGGGCGGUGCCGCGAAGAACGAGCUCCAGGAGACAGCGGCCGCGUCGCGUUAUGUUCUGUCCCGGCGUGGCCCCUGCGGCAGUUCGGCGGGCAGGGGGCACUCCCAUCUCAUUACUGGGGACUCUUCUGUGCAACAGCUGAUCGACGCUCAGAACAACACGAUUGCUUUGUUGAUCCAGGAGCUGGAGCAGCUGAGGACGGUGGCCCUUCCUAAUAUCUCUUUUUCGGUGCUGCAGGCCUACGUGGAUGACAAAACUGCUGCAGUGUCGGCGCAGGUCACCCAGCUGCAAGCUGAACUCGCCAGAGCGGUCGAGGCUUCGCUCAGCCGUCGGCUGCCGCCUAAGCUCGAGGAAAUGAAGUCACACAUUCUGGACGCUGCCAGCCUAUCUUUGCAGUCUCCUUUGGACACUCUGAAGCAGGAGCUGUGCGACAGUUUCACGACUCAUCAGCGAUCUCUGGGCGACCAAUGUCUGUCUGCUGUGAGUGCCGCUUCUGCGAAGAUUCUAGACACACUGGAGAGGAAGGUCCAGGCUCUUGAGACCAAAUUUGGGAAUGUGGCGCCUCAAGUUCCCUGGAGUGACCGGGUCAAGGGCGAUGGCCCCGUGUCCCUUCCCGAGUGCCAGGGCGACCAUUUCCAGGUGGGUGACUUGGUGCGCCCGCACAGCCUCGCUACGUCGGCUCUGAAUGGGCUGGUGGGCUGCGUCCGUGGCUUCGUCGGAGAGAGGGUUCAGGUGGAGUUCUUAGGUAUCGACGGCUGCAAGCUGAUUAAACCAGCCUUCCUGGACAUGCGAGAACCCAUGCGGCCAGGGAGGCUCGACAUCUUCUUUGUCGUCUUCGACGGCUUCCUCUUCUACGACUUCUGA